GCAGCCGAGCUUUCAAUCCAUCAUGGCGGACGGAAUGCAAAAUUCUGGCUUUACACUUUUCUGAGGCGAUGGAUGCCAUUAACGCACUAUCAGGAGCACUAGAAAACUUAUCACUCGAAGCGAGAGAACUUUAUCUCAGCUCAGAGGUUCCAAAGCUUGAAAUACCUCCCAGUCCCUUGGAAUUUUUAAGAGAUUGGGUAAACCCAAAUGUUCCUGUAAUCAUCAAGAACGCGUUCAAUCAUUGGCCAGCGCUUGAAAAAUGGAAUGACGAUUAUUUGAGAGAGAAAAUCGGUCACAGGAGAAUAACUGUUGCUGUGACACCAAACGGGUACGCUGAUGCAGUGGUAGGAAAUAAAUUUGUCAUGCCAGAGGAACGGGAAAUUAAGUUUUCCACGUUUUUGGACAUCCUCGAGGGAAACGUCAAGGAGGAAGGGAUAUUUUACGUUCAGAAACAAAACUCGAACUUAACAGAGGAGUUUCAAGAAUUGUGCGCGGAUGCAGCUUCUGACGUAUCUUGGGCAACUGAAGCAUUUGGUAAACAUCCAGAUGCCGUGAACUUUUGGAUGGGAGAUGAAAGAGCCAUCACCUCGUUACACAAAGAUCAUUACGAAAACCUGUAUUGCGUGAUCUCGGGCAAGAAAGUCUUCACAUUGUUACCACCGAGUGAUCUCCCAUUGAUUCCUUAUGAACUCUACACACCAGCAAGGUUUAGAACCACGGAGAGUGGAGAUUUUGAAAUUGUUGAUGAAAUUGUCGAACACCUCACAGAACUCUCACCAGCGCCCAAAGUUCCUUGGAUAGCUGUUGAUCCGUUAAAUCCAGAUCUUAAAACAUAUCCAAAAUAUGCGAAAGCCAACCCUGUUUCUUGCACAGUGCAGGCAGGAGAGAUGCUAUAUUUGCCUUCUCUUUGGUUUCAUCACGUUCAGCAAUCCCAUGGGUGUAUUGCCAUUAAUUUUUGGUAUGACAUGGAAUAUGACAUCAAGUACAACUAUUUUAAAUUUGUCGAGACGGUGACAGACCUUGUCACCAAGCACUCAGAGAAAGAGUGAUUAAUUUAAAUAAUAAAGGUGGUGGCUGACUUGUAAGGAUCAUGAGACUGGAGUAUGGGUAACGCCUCCUUCACUUACCUGGGUACUAUUUCUUACUUAGUCCUAGUCGGAAAAAUUACCAAAAAAACCCUGACCAAACACCUGACUGGGCAAGGGAAUUUUUUUCAACCCUCUUCUUUGCACAAUGAUAUUAAGUACUAGAAACAAACCAAAAUUCCCAACCAGUUGGAAUAAUUCUACCCUCAGUUGAGGGUGGUAAAGGGGGAUGACCAAAGUAAGCCAAAGGAACCCUUGGGUACCCCCUGACCUUUUUCCUCACUCCCAGGCCUUCCUUUUAAACCUUUAACCAACCUACAUGUCCAGCGUGGAAGGAGUACUCCUAACUUGCGUAUGGCUGGAAGGGCCAAAAAAGAACAGUAUCCUCGACUAGAGAGCCUGUUCACAGGCUGGGGUACUUGGACCAAUUUCUGCUGGGUAUGUGCCACUGGCCUGUCAGAGCCCCUACCCCAUUAUAGUCUAUUCUGUGACCAGUUAGACUCAAUCUUAGUCACUUUUGGGCAAAGUAAUUUCUGCAAUCCCAACUUAGGUCGCUUUCUGUUUAUGCGUCUACCUUAGAAAAAGCUGAACGUAGAACAGCAAUUAUAACUUUUUGACUGCAAAUCUUUAAAUCCCUACUCAACAGAAUUUUGUUACCCCCUAAAUCCCAAAAUGUGCAACCCUGUUCCAGCAACUAUUGAAAAUGCAAAGCCAUUACAGUCAAUCCCCAGUUCCAUGUGUGUUAAUAAUCUCUGCACACGAGUGGCAUUAGUUUGGUAUUAGUUUGUCUCCCCAGUUAAUAUCAAUUUAAGGGGUGCCCAAACAUACUCUCGAUGUGAUGUCACUCAAUCUCUCCUUGUGAUUCACAAGUUAAUAAGAUGUAAUAUCGAAGGAGAAUGAACUCCCUUUUCAGUGUUUGAAAAUGUGGUCAAACAUGGUCUUCCAUGUUGAUAUAUUACCUCAAAACUUUUUUCCAGCAGGUUCUAGAAUGAUUAGACGCAGAGUCAAUGAAGUAUUUGAUUGAUUGUUAGACUGGCAACUGUGUGCCGUUUGAACAAGCUACUUCGGGUACUGGCUGUCAGUUAAAAAUAUAAUAUUGUUACCAAUGUGACACAAAUUUUUAAUCAAUUAAAUACAGAAGCCCACCAUAAAAAAGUAUAAGCGUGUUAUGAAGUUGUUUAUUUUUUUUUAUUAAACAUGAAAUUAAAUUAGUGCUAGUAUCUAAACCAAGAUGAGACAAGCAAUGACGAACAAUGAUGAUGAGGCCUUCUCUCACAAGAGAAAAUAAAAUAACUAUUCAAAGAGUAGACAGCAUAUUGCGAUAGUUUACCAAAACAGCAUUUCAAUGUUUUCACAAGUUAAGCUUUAAAAGAGGCUAAAAAUGCAUCUCAUGA